AAAAGAAGGAAAAGAUCCAAGAAAAAAAAAACCCAACCACACACCAGCGGCUGCAGGACUGGGCACAGCAUGAGAUCCAAAGGCAGGGCAAGGAAACUGGCCACAAGUAAUGAGUGUGUGUAUGGCAGCUACCCUGAAAUUCCUUUGGAAGAAAUGCCAGAUGCAGAUGGAGUAGCCAGCACUCUCUCCCUCAAUAUUCAAGAGCCAUGCUCUCCAGCUACAUCCAGCGAAGCGUUCACUCCGAAGGAGGGCUCUCCUUACAAAGCCCCCAUCUACAUCCCUGAUGAUAUCCCCAUUCCUGCUGAGUUUGAACUUCGAGAGUCAAAUAUGCCUGGAGCAGGCCUUGGAAUAUGGACCAAAAGGAAAAUUGAAGCAGGUGAAAAGUUUGGGCCUUAUGUAGGAGAACAGAGGUCAAACCUGAAAGACCCCAGUUAUGGAUGGGAGAUCUUAGAUGAGUUUUGCAAUGUGAAGUUCUGCAUAGAUGCUAGUCAACCAGAUGUAGGAAGCUGGCUCAAGUACAUCAGGUUCGCUGGCUGUUAUGAUCAGCACAACCUCGUUGCAUGCCAGAUAAAUGAUCAGAUAUUUUAUAGAGUAGUUGCAGACAUUGCACCAGGAGAGGAGCUCCUGCUGUUCAUGAAGAGUGAAGACUAUCCCCAUGACACUAUGGCACCGGAUAUCCACGAAGAACGGCAAUACCGCUGUGAGGACUGUGACCAGCUCUUCGAGUCCAAGGCUGAACUAGCGGAUCACCAGAAAUUCCCAUGCAGCACGCCCCACUCGGCAUUCUCAAUGGUAGAGGAGGACUUUCAGCAAAAACUCGCGAGUGAAAAUGAUCUCCGAGAGAUACAUGCAAUUCAGGAGUGUAAGGAAUGUGACCAAGUGUUUCCCGAUUUGCAAAGCCUGGAGAAACACAUGUUGUCACAUACUGAAGAGAGGGAAUACAAGUGUGAUCAGUGUCCCAAGGCAUUUAACUGGAAGUCCAAUUUAAUCCGCCACCAGAUGUCACAUGACAGUGGAAAGCACUAUGAAUGUGAGAACUGUGCCAAGCAGGUUUUCACGGACCCUAGCAACCUCCAGCGGCACAUCCGCUCUCAGCAUGUUGGUGCCCGGGCCCACGCGUGCCCGGAGUGUGGCAAAACGUUUGCCACUUCGUCGGGCCUCAAACAACACAAGCACAUCCACAGCAGUGUGAAGCCCUUUAUCUGUGAGGUCUGCCAUAAAUCCUAUACUCAGUUUUCAAACCUUUGUCGUCAUAAGCGCAUGCAUGCUGAUUGCAGAACCCAAAUCAAGUGCAAAGACUGUGGACAAAUGUUCAGCACUACGUCUUCCUUAAAUAAACACAGGAGGUUUUGUGAGGGCAAGAACCAUUUUGCGGCAGGUGGAUUUUUUGGCCAAGGCAUUUCACUUCCUGGAACCCCAGCUAUGGAUAAAACGUCCAUGGUUAAUAUGAGUCAUGCCAACCCGGGCCUUGCUGACUAUUUUGGCGCCAAUAGGCAUCCUGCUGGUCUUACCUUUCCAACAGCUCCUGGAUUUUCUUUUAGCUUCCCUGGUCUGUUUCCUUCCGGCUUGUACCACAGGCCUCCUUUGAUACCUGCCAGUUCUCCUGUUAAAGCACUGUCAAGUACUGAACAGACAAACAAAAGUCAAAGUCCCCUCAUGACACAUCCUCAGAUACUGCCAGCUACACAGGAUAUUUUGAAGGCACUAUCUAAACACCCACCUGUAGGGGACAAUAAGCCAGUGGAGCUCCAGCCCGAGAGGUCCUCUGAAGAGAGGCCCCUUGAGAAAAUCAGUGACCAGUCAGAGAGUAGUGACCUUGAUGAUGUCAGUACGCCAAGUGGCAGUGACCUGGAAACCACCUCGGGCUCUGAUCUGGAAAGUGACAUUGAAAGUGAUAAAGAGAAAUGUAAAGAAAAUGGUAAAAUGUUCAAAGACAAAGUAAGCCCUCUUCCGAAUCUGGCUUCAAUACAUAAUAAGAAAGAAUACAGCAAUCAUUCCAUUUUCUCACCAUCUUUAGAGGAGCAGACUGCGGUGUCAGGAGCUGUGAAUGAUUCUAUAAAGGCUAUUGCUUCUAUUGCUGAGAAAUACUUUGGUUCGGCAGGACUGGUGGGGCUGCAAGACAAAAAAGUUGGAGCUUUACCUUACCCUUCCAUGUUUCCCCUCCCGUUUUUUCCAGCAUUCUCUCAAUCAAUGUACCCAUUUCCUGAUAGAGACUUGAGAGCGUUACCUUUGAAAAUGGAACCCCAGUCACCAAGUGAAGUAAAGAAACUGCAGAAGGGCAGCUCUGAGUCUCCCUUUGAUCUCACCACUAAACGCAAGGACGAGAAGCCCUUGACCCCAGUACCCGCCAAGCCUCCAGUGACGCCGGCCACAAGCCAAGACCAACCCCUGGAUCUAAGUAUGGGUAGUAGGAGUAGAGCCAGUGGCACCAAGCUGACAGAGCCUCGUAAAAACCACGUGUUUGGGGAAAAGAAAGGAGGCAACGGUGAACCAAGACCAGCAUCUGAUGGUUCCUUACAGCAUGCUAGACCCACUCCUUUCUUCAUGGACCCUAUUUACAGAGUAGAGAAAAGAAAACUAACUGACCCACUUGAAGCUUUAAAAGAGAAAUACUUGAGACCUUCUCCAGGAUUCUUAUUUCACCCGCAAUUCCAACUGCCUGAUCAGAGAACUUGGAUGUCAGCUAUUGAAAACAUGGCAGAGAAGCUGGAGAGCUUCAGUGCCCUGAAACCUGAGGCCAGUGAACUUCUACAGUCGGUUCCCUCCAUGUUCAACUUCAGAGCUCCUCCCAACGCCCUGCCAGAGAACCUCCUACGGAAAGGAAAGGAACGCUAUACCUGCAGAUACUGUGGCAAGAUUUUUCCAAGAUCUGCGAACCUAACACGGCACUUGAGAACCCACACAGGAGAGCAACCUUACAGAUGCAAGUACUGUGACAGGUCAUUCAGCAUAUCUUCUAACCUGCAGCGGCAUGUUCGCAACAUCCACAAUAAGGAGAAGCCCUUUAAGUGUCACUUAUGUGAUAGGUGUUUUGGUCAACAAACCAACUUAGACAGACACCUAAAGAAGCACGAGAAUGGGAACAUGUCUGGUACGGCCACAUCGUCGCCUCAUUCUGAACUGGAAAGUACAGGUGCGAUUCUCGAUGACAAGGAAGAUGCUUACUUCACAGAAAUUCGAAAUUUCAUUGGGAAUAGCAACCAUAGCAGCCAGUCUCCCAGGAACACAGAAGAGAGAAUGAAUGGCAGUCACUUUAAAGAUGAAAAGGCUUUGGUGACCAGUCAAAAUUCAGACUUACUGGAUGAUGAAGAGGUGGAAGACGAGGUGUUGUUAGAUGAGGAGGAUGAAGACAAUGAUAUUACUGGGAAAACAGGAAAGGAACCAGGGACAAGUCAUUUACAUGAAGGAAACCAUGAGGAUGACUAUGAAGACACUAGCGCCCUGGAGAUGAGUUGCAAGACGUCCCCAAUGAGGUAUAAAGAGGAAGAAUAUAAAACUGGACUUUCUGCUCUAGAUCAUAUAAGGCACUUCACAGAUAGCCUCAAAAUGAGGAAAAUGGAAGAUAAUCAAUAUAUUGAAGCUGAGGUGUCUUCUUUCAGUGCUUCCCAUGUGCCAGAGGAACUUAAACAGCCGUUACACAGAAAGUCCAAAUCACAGGCAUAUGCUAUGAUGUUGUCAUUGUCCGACAAGGAGACCCUCCAUUCUUCAUCCCACAAUUCUUCCAACGUGUGGCACAGUAUGGCCAGGGCUGCGGCGGAAUCCAGUGCUAUCCAGUCCAUAAGCCACGUAUGACAUUCCCAAGGUCGACCAGAAUGGGACCAAGUCCAACGGUAGCAUGGCUCUUUCACAUAGGACUCUUUAAAAGACUGCUGAGCAGAAUGCCUUAUAAACCUGAAGGGUCACUCAUGUAAAGUCUGGGGACCUUAAACUGAAUGAUUUAAAAAAAAAAAAAAAAAAAAGAAAGAAA